CGCGCGCAGCGCUGGCCGUUGAACGCAGUCCGUUGCCGCGAACCGUUUUCAAACACGUGCGCGUAAUAUGAUCGACAAUAAAAAUUAAAUCACGGUCACUAAUGAAAUUUUCAAACAGAUAACGAUUUUAUUUUUUUUAAAGAUAACCGUGUGUUGUGGAAAACGUCUAUGUGGAUGCAAGGGAUUCAGCAAUAUAAACUUAAGUAGUGGGCACGCCAAGAUGUGGCGUGCAAUACUACUGAUGUGGCUGGCGUCGCCGAAUCUGUGCCAACAGAUCCAGCCAAACAGAGUAUUCAGUGUGUCUACCGUCUGCGAUAAGACAUCCAUGACAAUCCACUUGGAGAUGGCGCAACCGUUUAAAGGACUUGUCUUCAGUAAAGACUUCUCAAGGGAAUGUCGAGUUCAAGGGAGUCAUCAGAAUAAAAUUACUUUAAAUCUGCCAUCGAACGCAUGUGGCGUGAGAACCUCGACUAUGAACACCACAGUGGAAGAACCUGAUGAUGAAGAUGAUUUGUAUUACAACGUGGAGCUGGUCGUGCAGAUGGAUAGACAGCUGCAACAAUCAUCCGACCAGGAGCUGUUAGUUAGAUGUAAAUUACAACCUCGGGCGGUUCGCAUCAACAGCUCGGCAUUAGAGACGGUAAUCAACAAUAAAUUACGCGAAAUGACUACCAGGGAGGCGAAGAAAACAAGAACUGGCCGCAACCGUCAAGGAUUUGCAAAUGCAGCCGAAUUAGAGCAACGUGAGUGGCUGAUGGCGGCUGCACGUGCCUGGAUGGAAUUGGCCCCAGCAGUGUCUGCUGCAGAGCCCGCUACAGUCGAAGUUGGACAGCCCACAAGACUACUUAUUCAAUGCACUUUACCUGUGGGCGUGGGACUCCGAGUAACUAAUUGCGUCGCUCACGACGGACUAGGAGAAGCAUCACAGAAAUUACUCGACGACGCUGGCUGUCCUAUCGAUGAAACCAUUUUCAAUAAACCAUCAAUCCACCACCACAAACACAAAAGCACAGAAAUUGACUUUUCUGAUCUAGAACCCGUUGAUCUCCAGAAGAAUAUUGAUGAGAAAACCUCAAUUAAACUAGAAAAAUCCGACCCAGAAAAUAUGUUUAAGAAUAUUAUGACUUAUCAACACGCUGUUACUACUUUUGCGGCUUUCAAAUUUCCUGACAGAGCUAAGUUACAUUUGACUUGUGGAAUUGAGCUCUGCAAAGGGCAAUGUCCACCCGUGGACUGCAAAGCUUUGCAGAAACCCCAACAAACCAGAGAUGGGCUGCUCAGGAAGGCUCGAUUAGAUAAGGAUACUAAGGGUAUCGUAAUCGAUAGACUGGAAGUAUACAAUAGUAUAGAGGUUCAUGCACCGAAUAUAGAAUUAGAAGACGAAGCUUCAAUUAGAGGGUCAAGAAGAAUAGAAUCAGAAGAAGACGAAUUUGUGCGAGGAUUUUCACCAGGAGACAAGACAAUAUGCUUGUCCCCAGGAAAAAUGGCCUUAGCGUUCUGUGUCUUAGGAAUCAUUUUCCUCUGCGCAAUCGCGGUGGCCUUUAUAUCUUUGGUGCGAGCAAGACGGCGUCUUGGAAGAGAGCCGCUGCAUACGUCUUUAUCGUUCUACACCGGAAGCAAGAGCAUGUUUUCGUCAAGCGAGAGUUCCAGUUCUGGUCUUAGUGGUAGCAAACUUCUUUUAACAGAUAGCCCUUAUUUAGACCACCAUUCAUCUUCCAGCAAUAAUUGGCCAUAUUCUAGGGCUUUCUGACAAGCGGCCCGUCGGCGUGAUGUGGGUUUACGCGAGUUUUAAAAGCGAUAUGUAUUUCACUUUUCUCUCAGUCAUUUGAGAUAUAGGUACGUUUAUAUGUGGCAGCUAACUAGCUUUACUAGCCGUUUAACAAACGGCCUAUAUGACUGGCCAUUUGAUUGAAUGGCUGAAUUUCUUAUUCAGGCGACAAGCUUAAUAGUGAUGGAAUUAUCAUUAAAACCGAGUUGCUUCCAAAUUGGUACGUUAGGUAAAGAUAUAUUCGCACUUCACAAAAAUUAAAUUGCCAUGAAAAAUAUAGCUACCAUAAUAUGUAGCUGUAUUGUAUGUACUGCAAUAUCAUUUUUUACACAAACUAGGCUGUUAUUUAAACUAGUUUUUGGCGACAUAUUCAUAGCAAGAAAGUAAUCUUCUUGUAUAAAGAAGCAUAAAGCAUAUUACUAUAAAUCCAGGUGAAUUGCUAAUGGUACCUACUUACCUGAACAUUUUUGCAUCACUGGAUAUUUAUAAAUUAUUAUUAACUUCUGUGAUCUUUUAUGACGUAAAGAAAUCGGAUAAAUUAUUACUCAGUAUUUUUUUUCUAAAAUGUCU